ACAUGGCUUGUGUAACUACACAUCAGCUGUUGUUUGGUAACCGGUAGUUUAGGUGUGUUCAGGGCGUUUAGAUGACAGGGAGCCUAGUGUCUAAGCUUCAGACUUUUUAAACAAGCUACGAUUUAGUCACCUUUCACUUGAAGAUGCCUCCUUUAGGAGCUGAUGCCCAAGCCACGGUGAGAAGGUGGUUGAGGGAAGUUCUGGUGGGUCGAGAGGAUCCAGAGGGUUUCUUUGCCGUGUGUGUGUCCAUCCUGGGGCACCAAGAGACCCGCUCACAGUUUCUGUCCCUCAUCCAGCCUCUGUCCACGGCAAACAGACUCCUGCACUCGAGCCUCACCUCCAUCUACCAGGAAUAUUUCAUCAAGACUGAAGAGGACGAGCUGGAACUUGCUUUGGCUCUCUCUCUACUGGAUAUGAAAGAUCAACCUCUACAGUCCCCCAACCAAGAAUCCCAACCUCUGCAGUCUGGAGAUGCUCAAGAUCAGAGCGGCUCUGUUCAACUGAAUCCAGCAUCCAAGUCUGAGGGAAGUAACUGCACCAAUCAAACUGGAACCUGGAAGAGGGAAAGGCAACUACAGACAACCGGAAAUACCGAGGUCCAGAUAAAUACAUAUCCUAAUAAGGAGAUACCUGGGACAGGUCAGACUGUGCGUGUCUCAGAAGAGGCGCAAGAUCUGGAUCAAUCCCAGAAACCAAAACGCUCUAAGAACAGGCGUCAGCGACGAAAAUGUACUGGCCAGACCCUGGUAGGUUUGCCCUGCUCUCCAUCAGCACUGCCACCAGUAUUACUGUGGUUCAGGAGGGAUUUGCGGCUGUGUGACAAUCCUGCUCUCAUGGCAUCUCUGGAAGUGGGUGCACCUGUCAUACCGGUCUUCAUCUGGAGCCCUGAAGAAGAGGAGGGACGAGGACUUACGGUGGCUAUGGGGGGAGCUUGUAAAUACUGGUUGCAUCAGGCAUUAUUGUGCUUUUGUUCAUCUUUGGAGCACAUUGGCAGUCAUCUUGUCUUCCUCAAGGCAAAUACAGAGGGGGAUGGUGUCAGAUCUUCUCUGGAGGCACUUAAGGAGCUGAUCAAAGAAAGUGGGGCACGAACAGUGCUGGCUAAUGCCUUGUAUGAGCCCUGGCUGAAGGAGAGGGACGAUGCGGUGGUAUCAACUCUGCAGAAACAAGGUGUUGAGUGUAGGAUGUUCCACUCUUACUGUCUCAGAGACCCUUAUUCUGUCACCACAGAGGGUGUUGGCCUUCGAGGAAUCGGUUCAGUGUCCCACUUUAUGAACUGCUGUAGACAGAACCCAGGGUCCACUGUAGGAGUUCCCCUGGAACCUCCAGUAUCUCUCCCCACACCUGCCCACUGGCCAAAGGGUGUCUCUUUGGAUGAACUGGACCUGGCACGCAUGCCCCGCAGGAAGGAUGGCACAAUGAUUGACUGGGCAGUGAACAUUCGAAAGUCCUGGGAUUUUAGUGAGGAAGGAGCACACGCCCGGCUAAAGGCCUUUCUUCAUGAUGGUGUUUAUCGGUAUGAAAGAGAGUCAGGCAGGGCAGAUGCUCCAAACACCAGCUGCCUGUCGCCCUACCUUCACUUUGGUCAGCUCAGCCCACGCUGGUUAUUGUGGGAUGCCAAAGGAGCAUGCUGUCGACCACCAAAGUUCCAACGCAAACUGGCGUGGCGAGAUUUGGCUUACUGGCAGCUCACAUUGUUUCCUGACCUCCCAUGGGAAUCCAUCAGACCCCCAUACAAGGCUCUGCGGUGGAGCAGUGAUCGAGGUCACCUCAAAGCAUGGCAGCGAGGACGAACGGGGUACCCUCUGGUCGAUGCAGCCAUGAGGCAGCUGUGGCAGACAGGCUGGAUGAACAACUACAUGAGACAUGUGGUGGCAUCUUUCCUCAUAGCAUAUCUUCAUCAGCCUUGGCAAGAGGGCUAUCGCUGGUUCCAGGACACCUUGGUAGAUGCAGAUGUUGCUAUAGAUGCUAUGAUGUGGCAGAAUGGGGGCAUGUGUGGCCUGGAUCACUGGAACUUUGUCAUGCACCCUGUUGAUGCAGCACUGACCUGCGACCCCUACGGCACCUAUGUUAGGAAAUGGUGUCCUGAACUUGCAGAUCUGCCUGAUGAGCUUAUUCACAAACCCUGGAAAUGCCCAGCAUCCAUGCUGCGGCGUGCAGGUGUGGUGUUUGGUCAGACGUAUCCUGAGCGAGUAAUUACAGACCUCGAGGAGCGGAGGAAUCGGUCUCUGCAGGAUGUAGCUUUGGUGCGUAGGGAGUUUGAGCAGUAUGUGGACAAGCACUCAGGUUGCGAUUUGGUGCCUUUGCCCCCACGCCUGGUCUCUGAGGCUUUGAGCUUGUCACAUAGGGAUGGGGCUUUGGUGACACAAGGAAAGCAGUUCCUGUUGCCCGUUAUCACUCGCAUGGAAUUCAAACACCAGCAAGACGAUCCAGAUGCUGAUGCCGCAUCAAACCCCUACAACGCAGUUUUAAAAGGAUAUGUGAGCCGAAAGAGGGAUGAGACCAUUGCUUUCCUUAAUGAGAGAGACUUUACUGCCAGUGUAAUGCAUGAGGUAGUCCAGAGAAAGGAGAGGCUCAACAGUGAUUAUCGAAAAAUGGAGGGACUCCCAUCUCCUUCACCUCGAGGUAGGGCCAGACGAACUCCAACAGCCAAGGACAGGUUCUCUAUAGUACCAGGUGGGGUAGCCACUUCUCUGAAGUGACUGACACUAUAGACUCUAAGUUACUAGCCACAGAGUGUAAACAUAACAAAGUCAGAGUGUAAAAGUGAUGCAAAAACAUAUAAUCUGCAGAUAUGAACGGAGAAAAUAGUUGUGUAAACAAAAUGGAUUGGAUUUUUAAAUACUGUUAAAAGUUUGUUUCCAGUAAGAUCUCAGGUAUUGUAUUAAAUAAUGGCAGUCUAGAUGUAAAAAGAUUUGUUCAAGUUUGCUAAUAUACUUUAUAUCAGUGCAAUAUCCUUUCA